GACUCCCAUUCCCGCAGUGCUGAAGGUUAUUGCAGGUGGAAGAAGAAGGAAGCGGCUGAAGCAGUUGCAAUGGCUCCCAAGCAGAGAACACCAAAGGUGAGCCGAAAUCCCGAAUUGAUUAGAGGGAUUGGUAAGUACUCGAGGUCGAAGAUGUACCAUAAGAGAGGCCUCUGGGCUAUCAAGGCCAAAAAUGGUGGCGUUUUCCCUCGUCACGAUCCCAAGCCCAAGCCUGAAGCUCCUGUGGAGAAACCUCCCAAGUUUUACCCUGCCGAAGAUGUCAAGAAGCCCUUGGUCAACAAGCACAAGCCGAAGCCUACUAAACUCAGGGCUAGCAUUACUCCCGGUACUGUGCUUAUUCUUCUUGCUGGGAGAUUCAAGGGAAAGAGGGUCGUUUUUCUGAAGCAGCUUCCUUCUGGGUUGCUCCUUGUUACUGGCCCAUUUAAGAUUAAUGGAGUUCCUUUGAGACGUGUUAGCCAAUCAUAUGUGAUCGGCACCUCCACAAAGGUUGAUAUUUCUGGAGUUAAUGUCGAGAAAUUUGAUGACAAGUACUUUGCCAAGAAGGCUGAGAAGAAGAAGAAGAAGGGAGAAGGAGAGUUUUUUGAGGCGGAAAAAGAGGAGAAAAAUGUCAUCCCCCAAGAGAAAAAGGAUGACCAGAAAACCGUGGAUUCUGCCUUAUUGAAAGCCAUUGAGAGCGUCCCAGACUUGAAGGCUUAUUUGGGGGCAAGGUUUUCUCUCAAGGCUGGCAUGAAGCCUCAUGAGCUAGUCUUCUAAGAGAAUACGAGUCUUAGCUUUGAUUUUCCUAUUUGAUCUUGAAGUUUGCUCUUGUAGUUGUACUCUUUCUUUCUUGGCUAUAGACUUCAAAAGGAUAUGAUUGUCAUUUUAGGUUACCUGCUGGUCCAGGAUUUUCCCUCCUUUCAAUUUUGCUUUUGUGAACUCUUAACUAAAUCUACAAAUUUGUUAUAUA